UUCCGAGAUGAAGUAAAGUAGAGCUUCGGCGCACGGCGACGCGACGAGGAACCGACAAUCUGCGUCUCCGAAGAUUAAAAAAAAAAAACGACUAAAAACCCCCCAGGUAGACGGGCUAUGUUGAGGGAAACAUUUGGACACUGGGAUUUUUUAUGGACUCGGAACCGAAGGAGUUUCCUUUUCGCCCACAUCCAUGUAGGACGUGGCGCCUGCGAAUGCACCGAAGUAGCCUAAAUUAAGGUCCCGUCUGCGGCGAAAGAACACACCGUGCAUUACUGUGUCCUCUCCCUCCCACGUCGCGCUGAAGGGCAACGGCAGCAACCUGGACUACUCCCGCGAAACAGGAAUGGUUUAUCCUCCCGAAGGGUUAUUCUACAUCGAAAUGGAUCAAGCGCCACCAGCUCUCCCUCCCAGGUCAACAAAGCCAGUGUCUUCCACCAUGAAUAACAACUGCCAUUCACCACCUGCAUAUUCGCUACAGGACGCUGAAUGGUACUGGGGAGACAUAUCCAGGGAUGAGGUAAACGAGAAGCUCCGAGACUCCCCCGACGGCUCCUUUUUGGUGCGCGACGCAUCCACAAAGCUGCAAGGGGACUUCACGCUGACAUUAAGGAAAGACGGACACAACAAACUGAUCAAAAUAUAUCACCGCGACGGGAAGUACGGCUUCUCGGACCCCCUCACGUUCACUUCGGUAGUGGAGCUCAUCUGGCACUAUCAGCACCAUCCUCUGGUGGAAUACAACGCCACACUGGAUCUGAUGCUCACCGAUCCUGUGUCCCGCUUCCAGCAGGUAAAAGAAGACAAUGUUGAUGUCGCCGGACGAAAGCUGAAGGAGGUCCACGGUCAGUAUCAAGAGAAGUCGAGGGAGUUCGAUUGUCUUUACGAGGCCUUCACAAAAACCUCACAGGAAAUCCAGAUGAAGCGAACGGCAAUUGAGGCCUUUAACGAGACAAUGCUGAUCUUCGAGGAGCAGUGCCGUGAGCAGGAGCGCUACGGAGAGGAGUUUGAACGGAACAAUCAGUCUGAGGCAGACGACACAGAUCUGGAGAGCUUUCUGAUAAAUUAUGAGAAGCUGAAGUGUCGGCUCGGGGAGAUCUACGACAGCAAAAUCCACCUGGAGGAAGACUUGAGGACGCAGGUGGAGGACUACAGGGAGACGGACAGGAAGAUGAACAGCUUGCGACCCGACCUCAUCCAGCUACGCAACAUCAGAGACCAGUACCUCAACUGGCUUAAUCACAAAGGCGUACGGCAGAAACGCAUAAACGACUGGCUGGGGAUACAGAGCGACAGCCUCGAUGACACGUACGUGUUAAAGGGAGACGAGAAGAACCUGCCACAUCAGGACGAGACAAAUUGGUUUGUCGGCGAAAUGAGUCGGACGCAGGCCGAGGAGAUGCUCGAAGGUAAAGCUCCCGGAACGUUCCUGAUCCGCGAGAGCAGCAAACAGGGAUGCUACGCCUGCUCGGUCGUCGUGAAUGAAGAAGUGAAGCAUUGCAUGAUCUACAGCACACCACACGGAUACGGCUUCGCCGAGCCCUACGACGCCCACUGCUCCCUGAAAGACCUUGUCCUGCACUAUCGCCUGCACUCUUUAGCGCAACACAAUGACGCCCUGGACGUGCGGCUGUCGCAUCCAGUGCACGCCAAAGCUGCAGCCAUGCCUUCUCAGCGUAUAGAGGAACACAAACUCAUACAAACUCCUAAACACACGGCGGGGCUGCCGCCUGCAGCUCCAGAAAUGUAAUCCAACGGAGAGAGAGACACAAAAAGGACAUGUUUACUGUAUCCUGUGAGAAACGACUGCAUCCGAAGGUGCAUUGUGUAAAAUUUUGCACUACAGUGAUUCCAUCGGUUUUUUGUGAAUGAUAUUUUCACAGAUUGAAGUGGGACCGGAACUUGAAUGUCAGCUUGAACUUUGUUUUUUUGUUUGUUUGGUUUUUUUUUUCAAGAGACUGUUUAAGCUUUUUUCGAAAAGUCAAAACUUUGUACUUCAUUUAGUGCCGUUUGUUUAGUGGACGCUUUCGGUAGGGAUGUUGACAACCAGAAUUGCUCACUAACGUCAGGUGCUGCACCUUUGUUUGACUUUCAACUCGAGUUUAUGUUGUUUAGAGUUGUCCUUUUACCUAGUUUAACUGAAUUCAGUUCUGAAAAUUUGACCAAUACGUUGGAUAUAUAUUAGGUUGCUACUACUCAAUGCGUUUGGGGUUUGUUUUUUUUUGGGGGGGGGGGGGGGGGGGGGGGGGUUAAAGAGUUGAUGUAAACAGGCUGAUUCCGUCAUGGUGGACCAAACCAUUUUUGUGUAAAUGCCUGGUGUGAAUAUGUGAAGAGUCAUGGUGCACCUUGACCGUUUGCCCCUUUCUUAAUAGACAUUCAUAUACAGUGGAUUAUUAUGUAGCAUUAACAUCUUGUAGAAUACCAUUGUAAGAGCAUACUCGAUGUUAUACCCAUUGACCAAAGCACUUAAUAGUGAUCAAAACGACAUCCCUGUUUUAGUCCGGUAAAUGCAUUUGGGCAAGGGGAGGGCAAUUUAUGUACACCUGCUGAUGUGCUGAUCAAAACAUAAUCUGAAGUACUGUAUGUUAUAUUCUGUUACUCAAAGAAGUAUAAGCUUUUUGUAUUCUAUAUAUAUUUUUUCUAUAAACAUGCCACAAGAUGAAAGCUUGAAGAACGUGCAAUCCAACAGUAUUUCUAUUGUUGCAGUGAAUGACGACGAUGAUGGCGGUGAAGGUAUUGCUGUUAUGAGAGGUUGACAUUUGCCACAAAAAAAAUGCACUCUCUUUGGUGGUGUCAGUGUGAUGUGGCCUCCGAUGUUUGUGUGAACUGCCAGAGGUCCGGAUGUAUCCUGCCUCCAUUACUUGAACUGUGGCAUUGCUCAAGCUAUGAAUGUUUUUUCAUGACAUGCAGCCUACAUAGCUUAAGAGGAAAGGAAUCCAUGUUGAACUUGGCACAUUUUUCAAGUUUGAGGACAAUAGAUACUCUGUACAGAGAAACUGUAAAAUGUAUUUCUGAGGUUUGGUUUAUGGAAGGAGGGUGAUUAAGCCUCUUAUGAAAAUAUAACUCCACUGGGGGAUUGAGGAAACUCCUCGGGUGAAGCUAAGCAAUGUGAGAUCCUGACCUUUUUCUUGCUGAAAGACAAUAAACUGAUGAGGGUUUUGUCAACUUA